AUGACAAGCCCGCACAGAAGGGCGACGGUGGAGCCGGGGAACCUCUUGACGAGAAACUGGAACUCGCUGUGGGAGGAUGUGAAGGAUGGCGGGCAUGCGAUGGCGAGAAAGGCGGGCUUUUCGUCUCAGGGACGCGGAGCUGGAUGUACUGACGAUGAGGCUGAGGGGCAUCUGGGUCCAGGGAUUAUCAGUCCGAUUCUACAAAAGUUUUUCAUCGGCCACAAGGGUAAAUCGGGAAGCACUGCCAGUCCAGAAGUUCAACAUCUUUUGGAAUUGAACCACGAGUACUUAGAGAGGAGAGCUGAGAGCAUAUUGGAUAUUGUUGAUUGUUCCACUAGCAUCACAUUGGUCAAUGAAGGAUUUGACAAUUGGAAAAGGGUAAAUCAAGGAAAAACAUGUGCAUUUCUUGCACAUAUUGGUUCUGCAGCUUCUUCGCCUCAUACUAUGUGCGAGAGAAAGGCUGAAAAUUUGAUGAGACCCUCGCAACAUAUUGAUAAUGUCAUGCAUGCCCAAUCUAAAGAGGAAAAAGAAAAAAAUCGUUUGCGUUUGCGGACCUCAAUUGUCACUGUUCGCUGGCUAGCUCUUCAAGGGUGUGCCUUUAGAGGUAAUGAUGAAUCUCUAUCUUCAUCUAAUCAUGGGAAUUUUCUUGAAUUAGUAAAGGCUUUUGCAAAAAUGAGUACAGAAAUUGAUGAAGUUGUACUUGAGAAUGCUCCAAAAAAUGCUCAAUAUAUUGCUCCAGAAAUUCAGAAAGAGAUUUUACAUAUUAUGGCUAAUAGAGUACGAAAGAUGGUUCGUGAAGAAGUUAGUGAUAAAUGUUUCUGUAUUCUUGUUGAUGAAGCACGAGAUAUAUCUAAACGAGAGCAAAUGACCAUUAUCUUGAGGUUUGUGAAUAAUUAUGGGAUUUUGACAGAAAGAUUUUUUGCCAUUAAAAGUGUUAGCGAUAGUACCUCAUUGAACCUGAAAAAAGAAAUAUCAAAUGUUCUUGUUCAUCAUGACCUACAAGUUAAGAAAAUCAGAGGCCAAGGAUAUGAUGGUGCUAGCAAUAUGCGUGGCGCAUGGAAUGGACUUCAGGCAUUAUUUCUCAGAGAUUGUCCCUAUGCAUACUAUGUCCAUUGCUUUGCCCAUCGAUUACAACUCACAUUAGUUUCUGCAACCAAGGAUGUCAGUGUUAUUUGGGAAUUCUUUUCUCAUUUGGAUAAUAUAGUAAAUAUUGUUACUUCUUAUACUAAACGCAUUGCUGAGUUACAUACUGCACAGAGAAUUGAAAUCGAGCAUAUGUUGGCAAUUGGAGAACGUGAUUCUGGAAGUGGGGCUAAUCAGAUUGGUAAUUUGCAUCGAGCGGGAGCUACUCGUUGGAGUUCUCACUAUGACUCAGUAAAAAGCUUGAUAGGUAUGUAUGCUGCAAUUUGCAAAGUUUUUGAAGUUCUUAGUGACCAUUCUCCAAAUGGAAGGGCUAAGGCUGAAGUUCGAGGGAUUUAUAGAAAUAUGGCAAGUUUUGAAUUUGUGUUCAUUUUGCAUUUAAUGCAUAAAAUUAUGAGAACAAUAGAUACUCUUUGUCAAAUUCUUCAAAGAAAAUCUCAAGAUAUUUUGUCUGCUGUUACAUUUGUCUCUACUACCAAAACUAUCCUUCAAGAACUUAGAGAAUGCGGGUGGGAAGAAUUUCUUCAUGAAGUGAAAGUUUUUUGUACGAGAAAUGAAAUUGAUGUGCCUGACUUUGAUUGUCUAUAUAAGAUUGGUCGUUCCCGUCAGCAAACUACAGUUGAACAUCAUUACCACUUUGAUGUUUUUAAUGCAGCAAUAGAUUUUAUCUUGGUGGAGUUAAAUACUCGAUUUAAUGAGUCAUCGUGGAACUUAUUUCUCUUAGUACCGCUUUAG